AUGGAAAUAGAUAUGGUUGAAGCUCAAGCAAUAACUGAAGAGGGGCUUCAAACAUAUGUCAACAGAGAAACUCAACAUGACAAUCAAAACAAAUGCCAACAGAUAAUGGAAAUAGAUAUGGUUGAAGCUCAACCAAUAACUGAAGAGGUGCUUCAAACAUUUGAUUCUAUUCAAGUAGAAGGACAAAGCAUUAUAGAGAUUGACAACGAACAAGCUUUGGGACUACCUGUCCUUAACUUUNUUAUCGACAAUCUUCAAGACCCAAGGUUUGUAGUUACACCAGUUUUUGUCAUGGCAGAGAUGCAAAAAUUGCAUGGACUAGACAUUGGAUAUCACAAGGCGUGGCGUGCUAUUCAACUUGCUUCCGCUUUAAUAAGAGGAACUCCCGAAGAGAAUUAUGAAUUAUUGUCUUCAUACUUGUAUAUGAUGACAAGUAAAAACCCGGGAACUUAUACUAACAUAAAGAUAGACGACAACAACAGGUUUUUUUAUAUGUUUUAUGCAAAUAGAUCAUCAAUAUCUGGUUGGAAUCAUUGUAGACCAGUGAUUGCUGUUGAUGCAACUUUUCUGAAGUCAAAAUAUCGUGGUGUUUUAAUGAUUUCACUUCGCAAUGCAAUUGGGAGCCGUGAAAAUUUAAUUUUUUUAUCAGACAGGCAUCAAGCUAUUGCAUAUGGCAUUGCAAAAGUAUAUCCUGAAAGCCAUCAUGGGAUUUGCAUCUAUCAUUUGGAGCAGAACCUAAAGCGAAGGAAGGAAAAAAGUGAGGUCAUAAAACUUUUUCAAAGUGCUGCAAGAGUAUACAGGCGCAAAGAAUUUGAUCUAUACAUGUCAGAUAUAGCAAAAGUAGAUAAGAAGACUUAUGACUACUUGAUAGAAGAACCACCGGAAAGGUGGGCACGUUCUUGUAGUCCACGACGAAGAUUUGACAUGCUCACAACAAACAUAGUUGAGUCAAUGAAUUCUGUCCUAUUAGAAGCAAGGGAGCUGCCUAUAUUAAGGAUGAUGGAUUUCAUUCAAGUGAAGCUACAACAUUGGUUUUAUGAAAGAAGAAAUGAAGCAGAAGGAACUUUUUAUGAUGUUUCUUGUUGGGUCUUCCCCGUUGAUUCAUGGCGUUCCAGAGUUGAAGAAGAAGGAAUAACUUUCUUGGUGGACUUAAACAAAAGAACAUGUGUUUGUUUUCAGUUUCAAUUUGAUGAAUUACCAUGCAUACAUGAAAUUGCAGCUAUCGAGAAGAGAAACAUCAAGAAGUCAAACUUUUGUUCGCAGUGGUGCUUAAAGGAAUCUUGGCUGAAAACAAAUGAAAGACAAAUACAUCCUGUAGGACAUACUGAUUCUUGGAUUGUACCAGAGAGUGUUAAGUCACAAAUUGUUAAACCUCUAGAUUUCAAAGUGCCACCAGGUAGAAGGCAGAAGAAAAGGCAUAUUCCAGCUACCGAGUCAUCAAAAAUAACAUUCAAAUGUGAUCGUUGCAGAAGAAUUGGCCAUAAUAGAACAGCUUGUAUAUAUUCUCCGGCAGUCCAUCCAUUUUCAAGAAAGCAUAGAGAAUAG